AUGUCCACCGAACAGUCCUGCCAAGUUCAUUUCUGUCAUCAAGCUAAUGUAAGACCAAUUGAGCCAAGGCAAUCUAGCUCCCAUGUGAAGCAGUCCAAAAUUCUGGAGGAGAUGCUAGUACAACUGUAUUCAUGCAAAAGCUUGGUGGAUCAGUUCCUGCAGGAAAGGGAGCCAACUGCUCUGGAAGAGGGCAGAAUCAUGGCCAUAAUAGAUCCACACAACAACUUGAUGAAUCAGUUCCUGAAUGAAUGGGAACCAACUGCUCCCCCAGUGGAUGGUAUGAACAUGGAUCUACUCAAGCAAUUGCUGAAUGCAUGGGAACCAUCAGCACCACCAGUCAUGCACAAGAAAUUAAACAGGAUGGAUGGGUCUUCAACACCUGCACAAGAUGUUACUAUGCAGGAUAUGAGGGAACCAAUGCCUCCCCCACUUGUUUCAAAUGUGAACUUCCAUCUGCACAGCAAUCUCUUCAAAUGGAACAAUGGGGAUUGGCACCUGUUCCACAUUGCAAUCAAGUCCUGCACACCUUACAUGCUGCAGCACCUUGUGUGGGCUGCAAAUCCCAUUGUGAGAGAAUUGGGCACAGCUGCAAGGGACCAGUAUGGUGCAGCCUCUCAGGGCCUUUGA